GACAUAUGUCCCGCCUGUGAAAAUCAUAAACAUUGGAGUAUCAGAAUGUAUUUGUAAAUAAUAUACUUUUAAUUUACAUUGUAAAAUUUUAAUGAAAUUGAAUAUAAACGAAAUCUUUAUUGGUGUGAAAUAUUCAUGAAUAUCAUGCUUCGUAAACAUAAUUAUUUCGAGGCCAAAUAAAAACGAAAGAUUGCAGAUGUCCAAUCAACAUCUACUGAAACAUGGUCUGCAUCUUCACAGAUUGCUGCACCAUGUGUCAAGUCUUCAGCGAUAACUAACCCCAUUAUCAGUAAGCCACAGGUAGCGAUCAAAGCAGGCGUCAUGUCUUCGGGGGUUCAACAGGAUGAAGAGCGGACCGAGCUGUUGGGAUCGUUAACAACACAACAACAACAGAGGACCAGCGCCAGGGUCAUUAAGAAACUGAGACUGGAACCGCAAAUUGACAAACGAGACGUCACAGAAUGCGAGACUCCAAACAAAAUAGACGAUAAAGACCCUUUAAAGUUCCCAACGGUCAAACAACGUAUGCCCAAGGCGUUGUGGUCGGCUGAUGAGAAAAGCCUUUUCUUCGAAGCCUUGAACGAAUACGGCAAGGACUUCGACUCAAUCACCUCGUACAUUUGCGCUAAAAUGAAGAAGAAGGGCAUGCUAGAUGGAAAUCUGAAGACUAAGACCCAAGUCAGCCAUUUUUAUUACAGGACGUGGCAUAAGCUGUCCAAACACGUGCGAUUUGAUGAAAAUGUCAAAAAAGUAGCCCAGGAGCUUUACGCUCUGAUAAAUUAUGGCGAGUUGAGAAGGAAGCUGGUGUCUGUUAACGAGAAGAUCUGCGCUCGUUUGGGAGAAAUGGUCCGUGGAGGAUCCAUAGCUGUGAGGACCAAGGGAAAGACGAUCAGAGUCAGAACACCAAUGUGCAGAGCUCUCAGACGACUCAAUCAAAUCGCGGAGCGCGCGUACGGCGCUCGUGUGUGCACCCGGGCUCAAGUGAUAUUGCGCGCUCGGGACGCGGCGUCUUGGACGCGCGUGCAGGCCGCCGCCCACAACCCGCGGGCGGUCGUCGCGCUCACUCUCAGGACGAGGCUCGUGGCGCUGCUGUGGGCUCUCGAGAGACGGUGGAAUUGUAUAAGUCACGUCAUGUUGAUGGAAAAUGGAAGUGAUUUAAAAACCGAGGAAUAUUCUUCGCCAUUUUGUGAGAACGGAGACAAGCUGGACGAACACCUCAACUUGGAAACAGACAGGACCAUAAUCCAAGAGCGUGCGCCCCCCGGUGUGUCGCUCCACGUCGGUCCUCGGCCCGAGGCCGACGUCCGUCUACCGGAGCUUCGCCCUCGCGAGCCUCUGUCCAGUCAGAAGAUAUGCUUUGCUUCAUAUCUCGAAAGAAUGGGCGCUUUGAGAAGACAGGAUGGAGAUGUCAAAAUUCGUACACCGAAACGGCACAGAAAAGACAGCGUGUCCGAUAAAGAUAAGGAAAAUGACAAGAAAAUUAAAAUAGAGGACAUAGAAACAAACAAACUAAUUAACAUAGAAGAAACAGCCAUAGACGGCAUAGAGCUGAUGGCGCAUUACAAGAACAACCAGGAAGAUGAGGAGAAACCCAGCACUGAGGAAGAGAAGGAGAUGAGGUCGGAGGAGAUCGUGGAGGAAGAUUCAGAGAGGGACAAAGACGUGAUAGAGAAAGACAAUGACGUGUUGGACAGAGACAGAGACAUGCGAGAAAGAGACAAAGAUAUGUUGGACAGAGAGAAAGAGAUGCCAGAGAGAGACAAGGAUAUGUUAGAGAGAGAGAAAGACAGCUUCUCAGAAAUGGAAGACGACGAGAAAUAUAACAAGAGUGACACAGACAAUGAGAGCGACGGGCGAGAGAAGAAACAGAUGAAAUAUAAGAAUUUGAAGGUGAAGUUCCGUAUACGUCCCAAGAAGAGAGGUGGCUCCGUCUACACCCUGGUGUUGGAUCAUGACAAGAAUAAGGAGGAAGAUGCCAAGAUAGAUGAAAAGGAGGAGAAGGAAGAAGAACAGAAGCCGGAUAUAGAUGUAGACUUCGCGAUGAGGCAGGUCAGAAAAGGAUGGAGCGUUUGGGACGCGGGGGAUCUUACCAUAGGAGAUUUGUAUUUGAUGUUCGGUUCCCGCUCGAGAUUAGAAUUGGACUACUGGUGGGCGGAGCCUACACCCCCACUACCUAAGACGAGGACGGAAGAUAGGCUCGAUAGGAGAGAGAAAGGGAACAAAACGCCAGACAAGGGAGACAGCUCAGUAGAAGACGAGAGGGAGAGGUGUGACAACGACAUACUCUCACCCAAGAACACGUUCAGCCAAGACAGUAACGACGGCCUGUCCGGCGACGAGAGGAAGAGUGAGCAGCUGUCGUCGCCGGACCACAAGUCCGGGACCUUGAAGCUGGUCAGUAAACUGAUCAACCGACCCACGCACGUCUCCACCAACAACGGGUACUCGCUGGUUAGCGACAGACUGCGGCGACUGCUGGCGCUGGCGGGGAACAGUCACUUUGGUGGAGGGGCGAGAGGAGUGCACGCGCGGAAACACGGAGCGACACAUGUGCAGAAGCCCCCCGCGUGUAGAUUGAGUCCGACGAGGUCUCCCCCCGCCACGGGCCCCGCGCUCUUCAGACACCCCGCACCCAUCGCUCCCAAGCCAGAGCCGGAGUCGUGUCAGUCGCCUAUUAGUCUCAAUGGUCUGCCCAAGUGGCGCCGCGGGCGACCUUCCACCGACAGACGGGUCGUGGUCCAACGUCUCCUGCCCCUCAUGCCCAAACUACCACCACCAAACAAUCUGAUUCCCGUGAAGAUGGUGUCCAACUCCCAGCCGGUCCAACCGAGGCUGGUCCCAAAGCCGCCACCGUCAAGCUCCUCCGACCUGUCGAUGUACUACGUGCUGAGUCAGUCCAACGGACAGUUCUUCUUCCACGACGGCGACAGACGGAUCCCCAUCCUCACCGACUCCGGGAACACCUCCCAGAACGCCGAAGACGCCAAGGCUGAUGAUGGAGAGGUUAAGGAAGACAAGGAGUCGGACAUCAAGAUAGUUAAAGUAGAAGCUGGCGUCGAGAACGGGGGGGAGGCAGGGGAGGGGCGGACAUACGAGCAGAAUGAUAUCUCAAGUUUCCUCCCGUCCGAGUCCCUGUCGCUGUCUCCAUCCCGCUUGCUCCGCGCGCCGGGCGAGGGGGGCGAGGCGGACUGGCUCGACACACACGACUUCUCACUCAGCAGCUUCCUCUCCCACCUGGAGAAGGCCCAGCAGGAGCUACCGGUGGAUUCCCAUCUCCAGUCGUUGAUGGCUGAAAGCAGUGUGGACUACGUGGCCAAGUUCGCUGACCUCGCCGCUGAGGUGGACGACCAAGACCUCAGUGACGACCUGCCUUAAUAUAAACAAACAAUUCAAUUAUAAUAAUCAUGAUUUUUUAUACUAUAGGUAUUGUAAGAAACAAUGUAAUGUGCUUUUAUGAAAUCAGAAUUGUAAAUAAAAUUUUGAUCAUGUGUC